AUACUUUAUAAGCUCUUCUACCAAGAUAACACUUGUUUUCUUUUUCUUUUUCUUUUUUCCUAGGCAGAGCCCUGUCUUCUUUGACUACAUAAUUAUCAGCAUAAGGUCCAAAAAAUUCCAUAUCACUGUUAUACACUCCCUUUCCUUUUGUUUCUGAUUUCUGAAGAUCUCUUUGAACCAUGGGUAACCUGUUCUCAGUCUCAAUCUCGAUGCAGGACUCACUUCCAGGGUGCAAGGGUGGUACAGCUUUGCGAGCAAAGUAUAUUUGUGAAUUUGAAGAAAACAUUAAGGCUUUGAAGGAGGCCUUAGAAGAUCUAAAGGACUUCAGAAAUGAUAUGAAGAGAAAGGUUGAAAUGGGUGAGGGACAACCAAUGGAACAGUUGGAUCAGGUGCAGAGGUGGUUCUCAAGGGCAGAAGCUAUGGAAUUAGAAGUCGAUCAGCUGAUCAGAGAUGGGACUCGUGAAACACAAAAGUUUUGCCUUGGAGGUUGUUGCUCCAAGAAUUGUCUGUCUAGCUACAAGUUGGGGAGGAAACUGGUGAAAAAGGCCGAUGAUGUAGCCACUCUAAGGAGCACCAGACUUUUUGAUGGGUUGGCUGAUAGGUUACCUCCACCUGCAGUGGAUGAAAGACCUAGCGAGCCCACUGUGGGCUUCGAAUCUACUAUUGAUGAGGUCUGGAGCUGCUUGAGAGAAGAACAAGUGCAAAUUAUUGGCUUGUAUGGGAUGGGAGGCGUUGGGAAGACCACCCUCAUGACCCAAGUCAACAACGAGUUCCUUAAAACUAUUCAUCAAUUUGACAUAGUGAUUUGGGUUGUGGUUUCCAGAGACCCAAAUCCCGAAAAGGUUCAGGAUGAAAUUUGGAAGAAGGUAGGGUUUUGCGAUGAUAAAUGGAAAAGCAAAAGCCAAGAUGAGAAAGCCAUUAGCAUAUUCAGGAUCCUGGGCAAGAAAAAGUUUGUUUUGUUCUUGGAUGAUGUAUGGGAGCGGUUUGAUCUCUUAAAGGUGGGGAUUCCACUGCCAAACCAACAAAAUAAUUCCAAGCUUGUAUUUACGACACGAUCUGAAGAGGUUUGUGGCCGCAUGGGAGCUCACAGGCGAAUAAAAGUUGAGUGUUUGGCAUGGAAGCAAGCCUGGGACUUGUUUCAAAACAUGGUAGGAGAAGAUACCCUUAAUUCUCAUCCUGAAAUACCUCAGCUAGCUGAAACUAUUGUGAAGGAGUGUCUCGGAUUGCCACUAGCACUUGUUACCACAGGUCGGACCAUGGCUUGCAAGAAAGCACCUCAAGAAUGGAAAUUUGCAAUUAAAAUGUUACAAAGUUCAUCCUCAAGUUUUCCAGGUAUGCGAGACGAGGUGUUUUCACUUUUGAAAUUCAGUUAUGACAAUUUACCCAGUGACACAGCUAGAUCUUGCUUCUUAUAUUGUUCUUUAUACCCAGAAGACAAUGACAUCUUCAAAGAAGACUUAAUCGACUGUUGGAUUUGUGAGGGAUUUUUAGAUGAAUUUGAUGACAGGGAUGGAGCUCGAAACCAAGGUUUUGACAUUAUUGGUUCCCUUAUUCGCGCAUGCCUCUUAGAGGAGAGUAGAGAAUAUUUUGUGAAAAUGCAUGAUGUGAUCCGUGAUAUGGCAUUAUGGAUAGCUUGCGAAUGUGGGAGAGUUAAGGAUAAAUUUUUGGUUCAAGCAGGUGCUGGUUUGACUGAGUUACCUGAGAUUGGAAAAUGGAAAGGAGUUGAGAGGAUGUCAUUGAUGAGCAACCAUAUCGAGAAAUUAACACAAGUUCCUACAUGCCCGAAUCUCUUGACCUUGUUUCUCAAUAAUAACAGCUUGGAGGUGAUCACUGAUGGCUUCUUCCAACUCAUGCCUCGGCUUCAAGUUUUGAACCUGUCAUGGAGCAGAGUAAGUGAACUACCCACUGAAAUAUUUAGAUUGGUUUCGCUACGAUAUCUUGACCUCUCAUGGACAUGCAUAUCACAUUUGCCAAAUGAGUUUAAGAACUUGGUGAAUUUGAAAUAUUUGAACUUGGAUUAUACACAACAACUUGGUAUAAUUCCAAGGCACGUAGUAUCAAGUAUGUCAAGGCUGCAAGUGCUGAAAAUGUUUCACUGUGGUUUCUAUGGAGUCGGUGAAGAUAAUGUAUUGUCUGAUGGGAAUGAAGCCUUGGUGAACGAAUUGGAGUGUUUGAACAACUUGUGUGAUUUAAAUAUCACCAUAAGAAGUGCCUCUGCUCUCCAAAGGUGUUUAUGCUCUGAAAAGAUAGAGGGCUGCACCCAAGAUUUAUUCCUCCAGUUUUUCAAUGGUUUGAACUCUCUUGACAUAUCAUUUCUAGAAAAUAUGAAGCGGCUUGAUACGCUUCACAUCAGUGAUUGUGCUACUUUAGCAGAUUUGAACAUCAAUGGGACAGAUGAAGGACAGGAGAUACUAACAUCUGACAAUUAUCUUGAUAACUCAAAGAUCACCAGCUUGAAAAACUUUCACAGUCUCCGCUCUGUACGAAUCGAAAGGUGCCUGAUGUUGAAGGACCUAACAUGGCUAGUUUUUGCUCCAAACCUUGUCAAUCUUUGGAUUGUAUUUUGCCGUAACAUUGAGCAAGUUAUAGACAGUGGUAAAUGGGUUGAAGCUGCAGAGGGAAGAAACAUGAGUCCAUUCGCUAAACUUGAAGACCUUAUUUUGAUUGAUUUACCAAAAUUGAAGAGCAUCUAUAGAAACACCCUGGCAUUCCCUUGCUUGAAAGAAGUCCGAGUGCAUUGUUGCCCCAAGUUGAAGAAGCUGCCACUCAAUUCCAAUAGUGCUAAGGGACGUGGAAUGGUGAUUUAUGGAGAAAAGGACUGGAGAAAUGAGCUGGAAUGGGAGGAUGAAGCCGCUCACAAUGCUUUUCUUCCUUGCUUUAGAUCCUGGUGAUGAACAACUGCUGUGCCGAGGAAUUAAUAGAAAAGGCUCCUUUGAAUUCCUGCAGUGAUAUAGUCGUUCUUCACAGUUUUACUUCAAAUUUAGUGUUUUAUUUUUAAUUGAAUUUCUUGGUUCUCCCAAUUCCGAUUAUUCUCAAUGACAAAGGAAGAAGAAAAAGAGAGAAUCCUUUAAUUCCCCACUGCCUGCCAUCUAUUCAUUCAAAUUUUCAUUUUUUUCCAUUCCUUACAUCAUAUGAAAAGGCCGAUACAUUGUUUUAGUAUUAGAUAAAUAAGUUUGUUACGGUUACU